GGCGUGUGGGGUUUCUUCAUCUGCUCCCGGGACAAUCUGGACUGGAACCAUCUCGCUCGAAAGGAAAGCGGAGUGACACCGGUUAGGCAAGAUUCGAGAGGGGAGGGAGGUAGAGCUGUAAACGAGCAGCCGGCCGCCGCGCCUCCUCCCCGCAUCGGGACACCUGCGCCUCGGUUUUUUCUUUAGUGGGGUGUGAGCGUUUCUGCCUCUCCCCUCCUACAUCCCAUGAAGAUGAACGUAUGUUGAAGUCCAGCUCCCAUCAGCCCCAGCCAAAAUGGAACAUGUUCAUGGAUUAUGGGACCUGUGAUUCACUGACAUCUGGAGGGAUGUCCAAGAAGCAACUGGAACAUUCCCUCUUUAGAGUGCUCUAGAUGGCACCCGAGACAAGACAAGAAGAACCAUGUACAAUGGAGCCGAGUUGCUGAGUCUCCUGCCAAAAGAUGAACAACAGUCUUUCAAGGUUUAUCCCUGUACACACCAGUAUCAAACCAUAGAGCUUCUACUGAGGAAGGAGGCAAUUGGCAUUGUUUCAGUUUGGGCUUUGAGACAUAGAGUUGGCGUUCAUCUCCGGCACAGAGGCCUUCUGCUCCUUUGAAUGGCCAUGUUGGAUUUUCCUUGGCUCACCAGGACAGCUCCAUCCCUUGCCCAGGGCCCAUCAUGGCACUUUUGCUGGACAGAGUCCGCGACUUCUCUCCUGGCCUCAACAUAUCUCCUGGCCUUCUUAAUCCAUGGAUACUAAACCACUCUCAAAGGGAUUGUGAGCUAGAACCAGGCUGUGGUGAUCACACGCUGGCUGCUGGCAGCAGCUUCCUGGGGCCAGCUGUCCGCUUUGUGCUGCCCAUCAUUUAUGCCCUUAUCUGUGCUUCUGGUGUUCUGGCCAAUGGGAUGGUGAUUUCGGUCAUUCUGGGCUGCAAGCAGAAGGUAGUGUCCGACAUCUACAUUUUGAACCUGGCAGUAGCUGACUUACUCUUCUUGCUUGGUAUGCCGUUUGUCAUCCACCAACUUCUGCAGGAGCAAGGCUGGGUUUUUGGAGACUUUCUGUGUUGGGCUGCGACCACCAUCGACCUCAACAACCAGUUCAGUAGCGUGGGCAUUGUCACUCUGCUGUGUGUAGACAGGUACGUGGCAGUUGUGUACUCGUCCACCAUCGGCCAGAAACGGACCCUGCGGUGCACAACUCUGAUCAACGCUGGUGUGUGGGCUGGGAGCUUGAUUCUGGCCACGCCUGCAAUGCUCUAUGCCCGGGUGCACUGGGACAACAAGACGGAGAUCUGCCUCCUUGACUUACCAGGUCCCCACAGUGUAUACUGGUAUACCCUGUACCAGUCAUUGCUGGCUUUCCUGCUCCCCUUGCUGGUGAUCACUGUACUGUAUUCAUUGACUCUGCAGCACCUCUUCCGUGCCAUGCGCCGGGUGCGUCGGAAGCCAUCCGCCCGCAGCCAGAAGGUGACCCGCAUGGCCCUCACAAUCAUGGCUGCCUUUUUUGUCUGCUGGACUCCGUACCACGUGCUGCAGUUGGUCAACCUCAAUGCCACACCCUCUGCCACCUUUUUCUAUCUGUACCAGGCUACUAUUUGCCUCAGCUACGCCCACAGCUGUGUUAGCCCCAUCCUUGUCAUUUUCUGCACCGAGUUCUUCCGCGAGAGGAUGGCCCAGUCCAGGUAUUGCAGAUUCUUUACCAAGUGGAGGGCAAUACGAGAAAGCCAUUCCUUAUCUAUACCAGAAAUGACAGCUACGAUGUACAGUCCAGAAGCAAGCCAUGCUGCGUCUCCAUGCAUCGCCUACCCUCCAUUUGCAAUAGAGAUGCCUUUGUGCUCUGUAACUGAGACCACCAGAUUCAGUGUAGUUGUCAAUGGACAUGAGGAACCUAGUGGGUUUUGAGGACCCGCUUUGAUUUGGUUUAGAUCUCAGCUUGAAACAUUGGCACACCCUGAAGUUCUGGAAGAGUGGUGAUGAGGGAGAGAUACAGACGGGAAGACUCCUGAUUCUGGAAGGCUGUUGUAAGAGCAUGGCAGCAAGUGGGAAAACUGUUAGUGACGACUAAUAAGACAAGAGACAUUGAAUGAAUUAAAUGAAACAAUAAUUCA